GAAUGUAUUAGUUAACCUCCUUUCUCUUGAGUUGAUUCAACAAAGUAGUGAGAGAAGAAAUUGAAUGGCUUCUACCAUUAAGAGGUGCGGGAAUGCGCAGAUACCGUCGGACCAAAUCUCCUCCUCCACCUCCGCAGCCGCUGAAAUCAUCUGCGGCAACAACGAUCUGGUCUCGGAGAUCCUUCAGCGUCUGCCGCCGAAAUCCCUCAUUCGAUUCAAGUCAGUCUCGAAAACAUGGCUCUCUCUAAUCUCCAGUCAUACCUUCUCUCUCCUCUGGCAACGGUACCGACAAUCCCAUCAUCCCAAAAUCUCCGGCUUUUUCUUGACCUGUACAUUCCGAACUGAAAUCGAUUACAUUCCUCUCACAGACAUAGAUGAUGGACAAAACAGGUCUUUAGCUCGCUUUCCCAAUAUGUUUUUUCAGUGUAAUAAUCGAACAACAAUCAUGCACUCCUGCAAUGGUUUUCUACUCUGCUGUUUAACUAAGCUUCUUCUCAGAUCUUUCCAUGUUUACAAUCCCACCACCGAGCAAUUCUCCACUCUUCCCUGGCCCUUUUCUUUCAAUCAUUUUCUUCUUCUAGACCCUCUAUAUUUGGCUUUUGAUCCUUUGAAAUCACAUCACUACAAAGUUGUUUUGCUUCAGAGACUACAUAAGAAUCAGGUGGGUGAUGACUUGUAUCAGAUUCAUAUUUAUUCCUCGGAAACCAAUGCGUGGAGACCCUUUGGUGCUGAUCUUUUGUCCGAAACAGCAAUGGACUUCAAGAAUGGAGUCUAUUGCAAUGGUUCCAUCCAUUGGAUUUCCUUCGGCGCAGAAGAAGCUUCCAUAUACUUUGACGUUGAUCAAGAAAGAUUGUGCUCAAUGCCGUCUUCACCAAUUUGGAAGGCUCCUAGUAGAUACUUGCAUUUUGGGGAGUCUAGAGGUCGUUUGCAUCUUGCUGGGCCCAAUAUUAAUCAUGACCUCAUAUUUAAUGUCCACGUCUAUGAGAUGGAAAGAGAUUACUCUAAGUGGUCAUUGAAGUAUCGGGUUGACCUUAACACGAUUGCUUGUUUUCUUUCACCAGAGAUUAUUGACCAUUAUGCAGUGUGUACGCUUAGUUUGAUUCGCGAAGAAGAUGAGGGAGAUGAUGUGCAUUUGGUGCUAUUUAUAGGCACAACUGUGAUCAUCUCCUACAACAUUAAGGAUAAUACUUUUAAGAAGCUUCAUGAUGUAGCACCCUACCGUGGUUCUUCCUCACGUGAGGUUUUGGCGCUUAAUAGCGGUAGAGUCUAUCCAUACAUUGAGACAGUCUUUUCAGUUUGA